AUGAACAAAGGAAAAGUCAGCGGAGUGUCCUGGGUGAAGCCAGCAGAGCCUUCGUUUCUGAAAAAGUUUAAGAAUGAUGUUGGAUACAAAGAAGGACCCAACGUAGAUACAAAGCGCCAGAUGAUGCCGACCCCGGACGAUGACAGUGGCAGUGACCGUGAGGAUGAGCAGCCGCAGGUGGUGGUGUUAAAGAGUGGAGACCUGUCCGCAGAAGAGGCUAAGGAGAUCAAGGACCAGACCCAAGGGACAAAAGAUGAUGAAAAACCGGCUGAUGGAAAAAUAGUCUUCAAAAAACCAGCCAAGCGCUCAUCAGAAAAGUUUCAGGGCAUCACUGCAAGUUCCAGCAAAAAGAAGAAAAAUGUGAAAGAGAAGGAGGUGGAAGAGAAGGAGGAGGCAGAGAAAAAGGAAAGCUCUGGUAAAAAGGUCAAAAACAACAGCUUGCUGUCGUUCGGUGAUGAGGAUGAAGACGAAGACUGA